AUGGAGCAUGUUGUUGCUUCGAUGCUCCUGGGAUAUGACUUCUUUUUCUGUUUCAACCUUUACGACUACCACGUGGCGAAUGGCAACCAACCCGGCCACGAUGUCUUAUACCGCCCGGUGUACUUCUUCGACAAAUACCGUGUUCCACAGUCCAAGGAGGGCUCCGUACUUUUUUUCCACAUCCUCACCGCAGCCGCUCCCCUGGUGCUGUCCAUUACGCAGUGCUGGAAACUCGUCCGCAAACAGAGUCUGACGAUGCACCGCUGGACAGGUCGAGUCUGUAUUGCCUCAACGCUCUUGACCGUCUAUCCGGCAUACAAGCUCGCUUGGCACAUAGAAACACUGAGCUUCUACUUCCAGGCUCUUGUCGCUGCGGUCGCUGUCCUGUGGCUGCUCUCUGCUGUCCUGACAUGGUACUACGGCUGGAAGCGAGAUAUCCCGCGCCACCGUGACUGGGGCAUCCGCUUUGCCAGCUACACCCACACAGUGCCACUGCUAUCGAGGAUCAUCGCCAUCCCCAUAUGGUAUGCCAAUGGUGCUCCGGCCUAUGAGCUGACUCCCAACUUGAAGUCGUCCACUCCCGAGACCUUCUGGCAAGUUGUGCUUGGCACGGCCAUACUGCUUUUGCCCAUGUCCGAACUGAUGGUGCAUUUUGCCCGACAGAAAUUGAAAGCUUGA